AUGAAUCUGCUGGCAACACUCACGGUGGCUUGCUUGGUAGUGUUGGUAGCCGAACUACCGGCCACCGACGGACAGUCUUGCGAAGCCAAAUGUUUGCCCCUCAACAAAUGUCAACGACAGCUGUCAGAUGAAGACGAUGCAGAACUGGACGUGGACCUGCGUAUAGGGCAGGAAAAUUCGGACGUUGUCGGCAAAUGUCCACACUAUCUCGAUGUGUGCUGUCCACCGGGCGACGAAAUUGAGGAACCGAUAGCACAUGAACCAACCAGCUUCCUGCCGUGCGGACAGCGGAACAGCAACGGUGUCGGGUUUCGUAUCGGUGCCGGCAAGGUGGAAGAGGCCGAGUUCGGCGAAUUCCCAUGGACGCUGCUGGUGCUAGAGCUGCAACGGCUGUUCGAUACCGAGGAGAAGGAAGUGUACGCCUGUGUCGGCUCACUGCUCGCACCGAAUGUUGCCCUCACGGUGGCACAUUGUGUUAACAAAAAGCCGCCCAGCAGUUUGUUGGUUCGGGCCGGCGAAUGGGAUACGCGGACCGAGGCCGAGGUGCUCCCCUAUCAGGACACCAAAGUGAAGCAGGUGUUGAUACACGACCGUUACAACAAGCAGCACCACUACGACGUGGCACUGCUGGUGCUGGAGAAACCGUUCGAGGCGGCAGAAAACAUUCAGCUCAUCUGUUUACCACCGCCCAGCGUGCGGCCCCCGGUCGGUACGGAGUGUUUGACCGGUGGUUGGGGUAAGGAUAAGUUCGGACAGGCCGGUGUUUACCAGCAGAUACUGAAGCGGGUCACGCUGCCGAUCGUCGAUUCGGCCCAAUGCCAGCAGGCCCUGCGGAAAACACGGCUCGGGGCGAGCUUCAAGCUGCACAGUUCGUUCCUGUGCGCUGGAGGGAAGAAGGACGCGGACGUAUGUUCCGGCGAUGGUGGUGGCGCUCUGGUGUGCCUACUGCCUGGUUCGCAAACCGCAUACUACCAGGCGGGUGUCGUUGCCUGGGGUAUCGGAUGUGGCGACGAGAACAUACCCGGAGUGUAUGCGGACGUGGAAACCACACGAUCGUGGAUCGUGGACAAUCUGAACGCGUUGCACGUCGAUCCGGCGUACUACACGGCUGCGUGA